AUAACUUCGUCGCGCACUGCUGCUUCUGCUGGCUGUAGCACAGUCUCAGGUUUCUAGUUCAUAUUCCCAUCCCCGUUUGCACCAGACGGCGCCCCCGCGAGUAUUUUCCCGCUGCAGGUAGUGCGUAAGCCGUUUACUUUUCUAAGAGCGACUGGGGUCUAAUCGACUGGGUGAACCGGUCUGACGCGAAUCCAUAAUGGACGACGAAAGCCCCGAGAGGGCGCGGGGAGCGCAGGGUCGCUGGGUCUCCGAGCGGAUAGAAACCGUCGGAUCAGAUCUCCCACCCGCAACCAACGGUGGAUUUCGCGGCGGCCCCAGUGGCGGCAGAGGCGGAGGCGGAGGAAGGGGAGGGGGCGGAUGGGGAGGGGGAGGCGGAGGAGGCGGAGGAGGCGGAGGAGGCGGAUGGAGGGAUCAAGACCGCUGGCGCGGCGGCGGUGGAGGGGGCUAUGGGGACGAGGGGAGGGGGCUUUUGGGGGAGGAGCGGAGGGGAUGGAUAUGGAUGUAGAUGCUGGUGCGGCUGCAGCUGCUGCUGGUGGUGAUGGUGGGGAAGGGGCGCCUGCUUUCGUGCAUCCCGACCCUCAGCACAUACCGAGAUCAGCUCGCUUCUUCCUGCAUGACGACCGUUUGAAUGAACCUGUUCGUCGCCGCCGCCCCCCUUCAGAUUACUCCACCCUCAACAGCAGCACAUGGGGCCCGAAGCCUGGAGAUUCUUCCUUCGAUGUGGAAGACGAAAGGGAUGUGGAGACAGGGCGGGGUAAAGAGAAGAAGAGGGAGCGGGAGGGAGAGAGGGGAAGGGACGGGAGCAGGGGAAAGGAUCGGGGGAAGGAACGAGGAGGGGAGGAGAGGGAGAGGGAUGGGGAUAGGGAGAGGGAUAGGGAUAGGGAUAGGGACAGGGAGAGUAAGCGGAGGAGGUAUGCGGAUGAUAGGGAGAGAGGAGAAGAGGGAGGAGGGAGAGGAGAUAGGGGAAGGGGGUCAGGAAAGGAGAAGGCGGAGAAGGACCGGUGGGGCCAUGACAAAUAUGAGGAGGGGCAAUCAGAGAAGACGGUGGGGCGUGAGAAAAAGUGGGCGGGCUUGCGGGAAAAGGAAGCGGAGGUGGUUCCAAGGAGGAGGAGCUUUGUUGUUGCAGGCAAGGCCGAGAAGGCAGGUGAUGCUGCUGCUGCUGCUAAUGCUGCUGCUAAUGCUGUUGAUGGUGCUGCUGGUGAAAAAGAGCGGGAGAGGGAAAGGGAAGGGGGAAGGGAGCAGAGGAGGAGCGAUCGUGUUGAAAGAGGCAGGGAGCGGGGCGAGCGCGCCCGGGACUGGGUGGAAGAAACAGCCAAGUACCGCGGGCACUACUACUAUGGCCGCGACCAUGCCUACCCUCGUGCUGCAGAGCCUGGGCGUGGGUAUGGCGAUAGGUCCAGCGAUAGGUCUGGCAAUAGGUCCGGCGAUUGGUCUGGUGAUAGGUCUGCUCAUAAUCAGUCGAGUGCGGGGAUUGGAAGAGGGGGGAAGGCGCCUCUGGGUGAUGAUUGGAGGGAUGAGGAGCAGCCGGUGAGGGUGAGGAGUUUCAAGAGAGAGGGAGGAGGGGAGGACAGGUGGCAGCAUGACAGGUUUGGCGACGUGGCUAAGAGCCCCACGCCUCCGCCGUCUGUUGCUGGUGAUGCUGGUGUUGGGGUUGGUGGUGCUGAUAUCAAUCGGAUCGAGCAGCUGCUAGCAAGUUAGCAUGGUGAUGGGGUGAUUACAGCAGGUGGUAGCAGCAAGAGGGAGGGGCGAAGGCGCCUCUGGGUGAUGACUGGAGAGACAAGGAGCAGCCGGUGAGGGUGAGGAGUUUCGAGAGGGAGGGAGGAGGGGAGGACAGGUGGCUGCCUGACAGGUUUGGCGACGUAGCUAAGAGUCCCACGCUUCCCCUGUCUGCUGGUGGUGGUGGUGAUGGUGCCGGUGUUGGUGAUGGUGCCGGUGUUGGUGGUGCUGACAUCCAUCGGAUCCAGCAGCUGCUAGCAAGUUAGGGUGGUGAUGAGAUCUCAUGACAGGUGGUGCUGCUGGUAGUGCUGCUGGUGGUGGUGCUACUGCUGGUGUUGAUGCUGGUGGUGAUGCUGCCGCUGGUGGUGUUGGUGAUGCUGAUAUCAGUCGCAUAGAGCAGCUGCUAGCAAGUUAGGAUGCUGAGGAGAUAUCAUGACAGGUGGCAAUGCUGCUGAUGCUGGUGGUGGUGGUGGUGGUGCUGCUGCUGCUGCUGGUUCUGUUGCUGAUGGUGAUGCUGGUGCUGCUGCUGGUGGUGCGGGUCUCAGUUGGAUCGAGCAGCUGAUUGCAAGCGGAUGGCCGAAACUGCUGACGCUGCUGGUGGUGUGCAGGCAGCGGGUGGUGCGGGUGGUGUUGGUGGAUUUGGCAGUUUUGGCGGUGCUGGUGGUGCUGGUGGUGCUGGUGGUGCUGGUGGUUCCGGUGGUGCUGGUGGUGCUGGUGGUGCUGGUGGUGCUGGUGGUGCUGGUGGUGCUGGUGGUCCCGGUGGUGCUGGUGGUGCUGGUGGUGCUGGUGGUGCUGGUGGUUCUGGUGGUACUGGUGAGCCGACUUUCUGUCAGGGUCGAACACAGUACAGUAGUUGCUUGGAC